ACGUUGCUAUAUAAGUCUUCUUCCAAAGAGAACAGGCAUCAGUACAGCCUCAGCGUCUGCACAAAUCAACAUCAUGGCUUUGAAACUUUUCUUCAUGGUCCUUGUCAUCAGCGGAGUCUUCUGCGAAAAAUACAAACCUGAUGUUGAGGAACCCCAGGGUCCAGCAAAAUACAGCUACAAAUACGGAGUGGCCGACGCUGAGAGCGGGAAUAGUUAUGGCCACGACGAAACCAGAGACGGAGACGCCAUCCAGGGCUCUUACAUCAUCCGCCUUCCAGAUUCCAGAACCCAGAAGGUGACUUACACCGUCAACGGGGGCUCGGGUUAUGUGGCCGAUGUCACCUACGAAGGGGAGCCCAAGUACCCUGACGUGCCUCCCAAGAAGGGAUACAAUUAAACUUACUGUCCUCCACUAUGGUUAGUCUAAAGUAGACUCAGAUCUUCAGCGCCUAACCUCUUCAUUGAUUCUCGAUUUUUACCUUUCUCUCUCUCUCUGAAAGAAUCUGAUCAUUUAUGCUCGCUUGUAUAUAUAUUUAAUAUAUGUAAAUGAAUGAAACAUCGAGAGAAUAAAGAAAUAUUGCGAUAA